CUUGAAUCUCUCAGAGCUGAGAUUGCAGUAUUUUUUAGAGGAAGUUGCAAGCUUAUUUUUUUUCGGUCAGUUGUCUUACCUUCCCUCAGGACAGAAGAUGAGUCUUUUGAUUUCCCACUGAUGUCUUCCCCUGCGCAUCAGCUUCCGGAAGACAGCAUCUGAGGAUCUGAGCAGCAUUUUGUUAGAGGGAAAAGUCCUUUUUGCGGGGGAGGGGGGAGAUCUGUUUCGGAUCGUCCUAUCAGCUGUGCGUUAACGUACACGUACCUUUCUUGUGGAGCCUGUACUAGAGAAACCUACACCAUCACCCUCCUCUCUCUCUCUCUUUCUCUGGCACUUUGAGUGCACAGUUGUACUGGACUUCCUUGGUGCACGGAUCUUCUCAUUAAAUAGAUACGUCAGGAACUGGCGUCUAAGCAGGGGUUGUCAGUGAAAGGGUGAGGACGACCAAGUGGGGAAAGGCAAGAAAGAGCCAAAAAAAAGAAGAGCAAGAACAAGACUGCUAGAAGCAUCUCAAACCUUGUGAAGUAGCUUCUUCUUCCUCCAAGUGUCAGUUUUAAUAAGCUCUAUUAUAGUGAUAUAAUAAAUUAUACAAAAGAACUGUGAGCCUGAGAGAGUGGAAACAAGAAGGAUUCAGACGGGUUCCCGUAGCCGAGCUCGAGAAGUUAAAAGAAGCUAAGUAAGGAAGCGUUUCCUCACUGCCGGAGAGCCCCUGACUCCUCGCUCAAGAUGAUGAUGUAUUUGUGGGGUAAUCAAGACGCCCCAGCACCCCCAGAAACCAUGGCCCAGCCUUACCCAUCAGCCCAGUUCGCUCCCCCUCAGAACGGCAUUCCUGCUGAGUACACGCCGUCCCACCCUCACCCGACUCCAGACUACCCGGGCCAGACCCCCGUAGCAGAGCACACCCUGAACAUGUACACCCCUGCCCAGACGCACAGUGAGCCCAGUGGACCAGACAACAGCAUACAGGCGGUCUCCGGCACAGCCACACAGACAGACGAUUCAGCACAGACGGACAGCCAACAGCAAACACAGUCAUCUGAAAACAGAGAAAACAAAUCGCAGCCCAAGAGGCUCCACGUCUCCAACAUCCCCUUCAGGUUCAGAGAUCCAGACCUCAGGCAAAUGUUUGGCCAAUUUGGUAAAAUCUUAGAUGUUGAAAUCAUAUUUAAUGAACGAGGAUCAAAGGGUUUUGGUUUCGUAACUUUCGAAAAUAGUGCCGAUGCGGACAGGGCCAGAGAGAAAUUACACGGCACGGUGGUAGAAGGUCGUAAAAUAGAGGUUAACAAUGCAACAGCACGGGUAAUGACAAAUAAAAAGACCGUCAACCCAUAUGCAAAUGGCUGGAAGUUGAAUCCAGUCAUGGGUGCAGUCUACAGCCCAGAAUUCUAUGCAGUGCCAGGCUUCCCAUACCCAGCAGCCACGGCGGCGGCAGCGGCGGCGUACAGAGGGGCACACUUAAGAGGAAGAGGGCGCACCGUCUACAAUACGUUCCGGGCAGCUGCGCCUCCCCCACACAUCCCAGCCUAUGGGGGUGUUGUUUACCAGGACGGAUUUUAUGGUGCAGAUAUUUAUGGUGGUUACGCUGCCUACCGAUACACUCAGCCUGCUACUGCUACCGCCGCUGCCUACAGUGACAGUUACGGACGAGUUUAUGCUGCCGACCCCUACAACCACGCACUUGCUCCAGCAGCCGCAUACAGCGUUGGUGCCAUGAAUGCUUUCGCUCCCUUGACUGACGCCAAGACCAGAAGCCACGCCGAUGAUGUGGGUCUCGUUCUUUCUUCUUUGCAGGCUAGUAUAUACCGAGGUGGAUACAGUCGUUUCGCGCCAUACUAAAAAAAAAAAAAAAAAAAAAAAAAAAAACCUUUCAAAACCUAUUGAGAAUCUUCCUGUGGGGGUAACGGAGGAGUAAUUCAGAGGCCUGGGUAUUGCAAUACAUGCAGUAGUGCAUCAUUUUAGCAUCUCUUAAGAGAGAGAAGACAAAAACGGAUAUUUUUCAUCUUAUACCUCAGAUAUUUUGUGCUGUGUAUUUUAAUAUUGUGGGUUUUUAAUUUCUAAAGAUUACAUAGAUUGUUGGCUGUAGAGGUUUCUGUGGUGAUCUAGAGAGCUGCUAGAUUUUAAAAAGAUGAAGAAAAAAAUAAUAAGAUACAAAUUGUUAGGGCUUUAUCAUGUAAAUGAGUUAUGUAUGAUAAAUAUUCAAGUCACUUCGGGGUUAUCAUAUUUUGUAAGAGUGUAAGUGACUAGAGUCGUCCAGUGGUUUCUGCUUCUGUUUAACAUCGCCUUUCGUCUUUCUUUCGGUUUCUUUUCUUUCUGGGUUCUGUGCCGCGGUAGAGGAAGAGUGCGCAGGGGGUUGUGGGUAGGAGUAGAUACGGGCGUGGUGGGCGAAAGACUGGGGGCUGUUCCCCGAAGUGCAGCGAAGACACAGAGCCGUUCAAAGAGACCACUGAGGUAUCGAUUAUUUAAGCUGUCUUAUAUCAGUCAUUACUCAAAGCCAAAGGUUAUGUUCCUGGGGUGUUCAAUGUGUAUAUUCAGACUAUACAUAGCAGCUCGUAGAAACUCCCCAAAAAUUCACCAUGACAGUAUUUUACUGUUUAACUAUUAUCUAGUCAUUAAGUCAGACCCGCGCUAGUUUAGGCCUACCACGAGAUGUUCUUUUUAUAUUACAGUACUUCCAGUACGUCGAUUGAUAUAAAUGCUGACUUUUAUAAUACGGGAGAGACGAAACACAAAAAAAUAAAAAAACAGACGGCGACGGUAGCGCCGGUUAUAUUUUUGUUUUUCUUUUUUUCUCUGUUUUGUUUUGGUUCGUUUUUUUGUUUUUUUCUCUCUCAGAAGUUAAGAAACUCUGAUUAUUUGUACAAGACAAGAGUGGGAAAAAAUAAACUAACAGUGUAUUCAAUUUGAUCUGUGCAGUGAAAAUGUUCUCUUAUACGAAAAACACAACUGUAUAAUGUUUUAGAUUUAGUGUGGUAGACCAACUGUUAGAGAAAGGUGUCUCAUUUUUUAUGGAAUCAUACACAGAUUUAUAUCAACACUUUACAAGUAAUGCAAUCAUUAUGUAGAUAUGAUCAUAGUAUUUUUGUCAACUGUACAAUUUUGCACACACACACAACCUGCAAUUUUUUCAUCACUACUACUACUUCUUCUCAAUUGUGGGACGUUCUGUUGUCUGUUUUCUUUUGGUUCUCUGCUUCUUUCGAGUGUUUCGUUUUGAUAUCAUUUUUAAUGUGACAUCCUUUGUACUAUUAUUUUCUAGAACACAGCCUUUACACUUUGAAACUGUUUGAUUAUCGAGAAACUGAGAAAUAUAUGACUUGUGAAAAAGAUAUCUAUAUGUAAAUAGGAAUAAUGAUAACUAUGUCAUUUACAAGUGCUACACAAACAAGCUGUCGAGGUGUUCUUGAAGAGUCGCAGCUUGGCUGUGCAUACGCGAAGACUUCCCUUCAUGUUGUUUACAAGUAUACCUAAUUAGAGGUGUUUGUCACAUAUCUCAUUUUUUCUUUAUUUUGUAUUUAUAAAAGUUUCAAUUGCAUAAAAUACAAACAAAAGAGCAGCUCCAGUUUACCCGGCUGCAAAUAUCCUCUUGUGUACUGUGUGCAUCACAUCACACAACUUGGCAAAAAUAUCUUACCCACUGCUGUGAUUCUGCUCUUUCUGCUUUAAGUACGUGUUGUGGACAGGCUUUCUCCUUGUCAUUGUAUGUGCAUGCACUAUGAUCUGCAUAACAAUAACCAUCAAUAAAGUUUCUCAAGAUAA